AUGGAUUCAUGAGGGUGCUCCGACGAGAUGGAAGUAACGGCUGAUAGAAAUGACUGUUCUAGUAUCAUGUUUAAGGACAUAGUUUCUCGAAAUGCACCUAAUCGCCGCGAUGUCCAGGCUGUGUGCACGUAGCGGGCUUCGGCAUGUUUUGGUCUCCAUCGGACCCCGACGUCCACUUGCCAAAUUCGUCUGCGAAACUCCCCGAACCUGUGCAUAAGGCUCUACAAUGCGAAGCCAUGGUUCCACAUAAGUCGAUAACUAUCCUAUCAUUUGUUAAUCCCAGAGCUACAAUCCACUUUCCAUACGCGCAAGACUUGACUUAUACACCUGUCCCUUAUUCUGGACACUAUGGCGAGCAGCUUCAACAUCGAGCCUCUGGCCCACCCCGAAGGGAAGACAUGCAAAUUUGGAGCUGUUAUCACAGGUCUUGAUCUAAACAACUUUACUGAAGAGAUAGUGGCCGAGUUGGAGAAAGCGAUCUGGGAGCAUAAACUCGUAAUUAUCAAACGCCAACAUGAUCUCAAACCGAAACGUGCCUGGGAAUUGCUUCAAGCGCUCGAUCCAGAAAUGAUCAUUGAGGAUGACGACAAAUUGAUGGAUUUGUUCCACCCUCACCAGUGGUUCAGGGACUCCUUCCAGGCUAUCAAGGUUCCUGAUGCGGGUCUGUUUUACUUCAUUGGAAAAGGCCCCCAAAACGACCCGCGCUACGGCAAACCAGGCCUAGACAUGGGUGACGCUAGUGUAAGCCAUUACUACAGCGUACCGCUCUCAGACGAGGACUUUGAAGCUGGACGUACCCGUUUCCACGUGUGGUACAUGAACGGAAUGUAUUGGCGACACGACCUUACGAAGUUCACUAUCCUCCGACCCAUCAAGUUUCCUACAGAAGGCUUGGAUAAGCAAACUGUAGAAUGGGCAGAUGGCUCAGGCACGACUAUGGAAGUGAAGCCGGGACGUCAGGCGUUCUUGGACGUUGAACAACUGUACGACAUGCUAAGUGACGAGGAAAAGAGAAUGGCCGACCACAGUUGGGCUGAGUACAGCAUCUUGCCAUUUGAGAAUCUCAAGGACUGCCAUUAUGCUCCGAACGGCCUAGGCGUGGUAACUGAGGGUAGGGAGCAGCCAGAAGAAGAGCUGCUUAAGUUGGGAGGGGCAAGGAAAGAAUGGCAAAAAAAAUACCCGAUGGUCUGGGUUAACCCCGUUACCGGCAAGAAGUCAUUCAUGUGUAUACAGCACUUGAUUCGUCGAUUAUUUAUCCGCAAUGGCCCAGAUGAGACUGCGAAGGUCAUCGAUGAUCUAGGCGAAGUAAGGAAGUUUUUGGAUGAUAUCUACACUAGAAUUAUUCGGCCUGAGCAUAUUUGGGUGGGCCCAGAGGACGAGCAGGACUUGGUUAUCUUCGGAAGUCAAGGCUUACUCCAUUCGAACAUUGACUAUCCUGCUAGCUGGGGUGUUAGGACCAUACACCAGGCCUUCAUGCCUACAAAAAAGCCGCCUGUAGGGCCAGUGCCCAUUCCAGACAUUCCAAAGUAACGGAGAAGCUGGCCCGCCUGAAGGUGACCUACCUCACCAACA